AUGGCUUGUGUAGCUGUAGCUUCUCUUCUAAGAACAAUAGAGCUUGAGUUCUUGCAAUAUCACCCUCGUCCACUUGUACUGCACUAUCAUCUCAUCUCUCCCAACAAACACUUGAUCCAAUCUUUCCACCAAAAGCUUGAAUUUCUCAUAACCCAAUUCGAUGACAACAGCAUCCAUGGUGUUGAAGCAGUUAAACGCUUGGUAACCAAGCUCAGGGAUUUAGCUUUCAGAAUGGAAGAUGAAAUCGAAAUCCUAGUAGCACAGCUUUAUGAUGAUGAAUAUUUAGACGGAGUAGCAGAUCUCUUUGUGGAAGAGGAAGAUGAACUCCGAGUAGAAGAUCUGUACGUGGAAAAAUCACUGAGGGACACAGAUGCGGAGAAGACGACUCAGCCUUGUGUGAAACUUGGUCAAGUUUUUCAAAUUGCAAUGGAAGAAAUUGAAGCCAUCAAGGAAGAGUUGGUGAAAAUCAAGGCAGAAGGAAGAAAGACAGCCCAUGAUGUUCUACAAAGGUCUCAACUUCUUUCCUCCCAGCACGCUUCACACUCCAAGGAAGAAAUGGUCGGGAAAGAAGACGAGUUUGGAACAAUCAAGAAGCUGCUAACUCAACUUGGAUCUAAGGAAAAAAAAGUUGUAUCACUUAUAGGUAUGGGAGGAAUCGGUAAGACAACUUUGGCCAGGCAAGUUUAUGAAGAUCCAUCAGUUUCUAUCCACUUUGACGUGCGAGCCUGGGUUGUCGCAUCACAGCUUCACAAUAAGAGGCAAAUGCUUGUAGGUCUUCUUGAUUCAAUUUCCAAACAAGGCAACCUAGAAAACUCCACUGAUGAGGAUCUUGCUUUAAAACUCUACCAAUGUUUAAAGCGUCAAAGGUACAUGGUUGUGGUUGAUGAUGUGUGGAGUGGUGAGGCAUGGGAUGAUGUUAGCAAUUGCUUUCCUGAUGAUGGAAAUGGAAGUCGAGUAUUGUUAACUACUCGCCUCGCAGAUGUGGCAAAACAUAUUAGCCCCAAAAAUGACUUUUCACAUCAUAUGCGAUUAUUGGAUCAUACUGAGAGUUGGAAAUUAUUCUGUGAAAAGGCAGGUAAAUCUCGUGGUGCUGAAUUUGAGAUAAUCGGAAGGUCAAUUGUUGAAAAAUGUAAAAGAUUGCCUCUAGCAAUAGUUGUGGUUGCCGGACUGUUCUCCAAACUCAACACACUACACACUAAAUGA